AGCAUCAGUCAAUAUUAUGCUUUUGGAUAAUAAACAUUGAAAUUCAGAGUGCUCUUUAGUUAUUCAACAGAGAUUGAUAUUAUUUCUCCAUUAUGAUAUCAUCUCUUGUGUCAAUAAAUUUGCUGAAGGUACAUCUGAGUGUGACAGCGAAUUUCUGGAUUAUCCUAGACUACUAGAUGAACAUAACACAUUAAUUUUAUACUCGGAUGAGAGAUCAUAACCUUUCCAAAACCCGUCAUCAAACAAUAAAUUACUUGGAUGGAAAUUGACUUUAGAUGAAUGAACAAACUACGCAAUGAAAUUCCUGAUCUUCACAAAUUUAAUUUCUUCAUUGUUUUUGUUGGUCAACUGUGAGCGAAGAAUAUUUGGAGGCAGUAUUACCACUCACGGAGAGUUUCCGUAUCAAGUGAUUGUGCUAUUGAAGAAUCAACAAGUCUGUACAGGUACUAUAAUAGACGAGAAUUGGGUGAUAACGGCUGCACAUUGUGUUAUGGACGGCAGAAGAAUGGCCAGUCCAUCAGAUGUAUCUGUCAAAGCUGGAUUUGUAAGAAGAGCUUUGGGUCCAGGACAUUUGAUGAGAGCUAUAGAUCUAGCCGUGCAUUCAGACUACAGAACACUGACAGGUAAACAGGGAUUGGCUUUGAUUAAGGUGGAAGAGCCAUUUCAGUUCAAUGAGAAGAUUAAGAAAAUCAGUUUAAGUGACGAGCCGUGGCCCCACAGCGAGGGAAGGAUGUGCACCAUAGCCGGGUAUGGCAGUACAGAGAACAACACCAUCAACGAAUUACGGUUCCUACAGGUGAAGGCAUUCCAUGGCAAGAAUAUGUGUCCAUGCACUACACACAAUGACCAACUUGAAAAGCUGAUCUGUUUGGCUCCAAGAAGAGGACAAGGGGCAUGCUUCGGAGAUUCAGGCGGAGGUUUGAUAUGUGAAGGAAAAGUGGAAGGCAUAAUCAAUGUGAUCAUGGACAAGCGCACCUGCAAAUAUUUCGCAGUCGAUAGGUAUACUGAUUGCAGCUCCAAGCAUGUUUAUUCGACUUGCAUGUACGUUUGUCCUGUACUCAACUGGAUAAGGAAGUAUGUUCCGAGUGUUCCACCAACUCCCGAAAGUUGUAAUAAAUGUAACAGAGGAGCACCCUCUGUCAUCGUUCUGCUUAUAUGCUUAUAUAUUGUAGUGAAUGGAUAUUUGCUAUGAAAUUGUUAUUUUGUUUUGUGUCUUCUAGUUCUAAAGUAGUCAAGAAACAAAUACUAUUCUUGAGUAUUCUGAGAAUGUAGAUCACAAGUGAGUUAGAUUAACGUGCUGUUAAUAUAAGAUUCACCAAUAUCAAUUUUGUAAAACAUAAUUUAAUACAUCAAUUAUUGAACAUUGA